GAAACUAAUUCCCCUGGCACGCCUUAAGAGACAUUGACAGCCAUAUUGUUCCCGAAUAAGGUGUCUUGUACACUAAUUUCGUUGGCAAUUUAGGUACUUACGGCGUCUACCUCUGCUGUUUAGAAACCAGUGUUUUCAAAAGUUUAUAUUUGUACAUUACAUAUACAUACAUCGUGGAUGUUUUAGACGGAGACAAGAGCAUAUCAGCUGUUUUAAAAAGUGACAGUUAAUUAGUUACUAUUGAAGGCUGUAGCGAAAAGGACUAGGGUAAGACCCUGAAAAAAAUGGCGUCCACAGAAAUUGUGGAGAAUUCCACCAAUCACCAUGGAGCAACAUCGGGAGUCGGGAAAUCUACCGAUGAUGCCCAAGGAUGGAAAGCCAAACUGAAGCUUCCCCCAAAGGACUUAAGAAUAAAAACCACAGAUGUGACCAACACUAAAGGAAAUGAAUUCGAAGACUUCUGUUUAAAGCGGGAUCUGUUGAUGGGAGUGUUUGAAAAGGGAUGGGAAAAACCAUCUCCUAUCCAAGAGGCUAGCAUACCUAUAGCACUUACAGGUCGUGACAUACUAGCCCGUGCUAAAAAUGGCACUGGUAAAACAGGUGCUUAUGCCAUUCCUAUUUUGGAGCGUGCAGACCCAUCUAUGGAUAAACUGCAAGCACUUAUCAUCGUUCCCACCAGAGAGUUGGCAUUGCAGACAAGUCAGAUAUGUAUCGAGCUCAGUAGACAUUUAGGCCUUAAAUGCAUGGUGACAACAGGUGGCACAAACCUGAAAGAUGACAUUAUGCGGCUGUAUGAACCAGUGCAUGUAAUAAUUGCAACACCUGGGCGUAUUCUUGACCUAAUGAAUAAAAACUUGGUAAAAACAGACCACUGCGCUAUUUUGGUCCUGGAUGAGGCAGACAAAUUGCUGUCUCAAGAUUUUAAGGGCAUGCUAGACAGCAUCAUUAGCCACCUACCUUCUGAAAGACAAAUCAUGCUAUACUCUGCAACCUUCCCUCUUUCUGUGGAACAGUUCAUGAGAAAACAUCUCAACAAUCCAUAUGAGAUUAAUCUGAUGGAAGAGCUUACUCUCAAAGGUGUCACACAGUACUAUGCUUUUGUCCAAGAGAAACAGAAGGUCCACUGCCUAAACACACUUUUUUCCAAACUACAGAUAAACCAGUCUAUUAUAUUUUGCAACUCUACACAGCGUGUUGAGUUGCUUGCUAAGAAAAUCACAGAACUUGGUUACUCCUGCUACUACAUACAUGCCAAAAUGAACCAGCAGCAUCGCAACCGCGUGUUUCAUGAUUUCAGACAAGGCCUUUGCCGCAAUCUUGUCUGCUCAGAUCUCUUCACUCGAGGUAUCGACAUUCAAGCAGUGAAUGUUGUGAUUAAUUUUGACUUCCCUAGGCAUGCUGAAACAUAUUUGCACAGAAUUGGUCGCUCUGGCCGAUAUGGUCAUCUUGGUGUGGCCAUCAACCUUAUUACUUUUGAUGACAGGUUUGCCCUUCAUAAGAUAGAGCAAGAACUCUGCACAGAAAUAAAACCAAUACCUAAAACCAUUGACAAAUCACUAUAUGUUGCCGAGUUCCAGAUUCCAAAGGAUGCACAAGACGAUGCCUAAGUGUUAUGUUUCUUUGUGUGCCAGUUCCGCUUGGGUGUCUUCAGACAAGAAUGUGUUUUGCUGACAUGUAAGAUGAGGCAGGAGAUGCUUGUGCUUCUUAAUUCAUCAAAGGGGAAUCGGUAAAUUAUUCUUGUAACAUAACAGCAGGAGCCAGAAUCAGCUAUUUUCCUCGUAUUAAAGAUGUGCGAGGACUCCCAACCUUCUCAGUAUCUGUUUUCCCCAGCUGUAACCCCUUUUUUUGUGCAAGUGUUUCCACAGUCAUUUCAAAUAAACUAUUUAGACAUGGAGACAAUGUGGUGAGACAGAUCACUUGUGCACAUGCUUCUAAUGCCUUUAAGGGACAGUGUUGUGCAUCGAAUGAAGACAAAAGCAGUGGGCAGUAUGUGCCAUAAUGUCUUGUGGUUAAACGAAAACAAGGAAGAUUUUCUUGAUUCUGUCAUUGGCAUCUUGAGUGAUUUGAAGUAUUUUUCUUGGGAACCAGACAAUUAGCAUUUCACCACAAAUAAGCCAACUGUGAGCACGUUGGUCACAAACUCUAAGCAGUUGAUCAUUUUCCACAUUGCAGGGACAAAAGGUGGGUAACAAUAAUAAUCACACAGUCUUGGAGCUGUUCAGUGCUUAGCAGUGUAAACUCCAGUGGUACAGCUCUGCAAACCAAAGAAAGAUUAUGGUUUGUCAAGGUUUCACUAGAUGAAUAUCUAAAGAAUGGCAGAGUAGUUUUUCAAGGCCAUUGCAGGAUAAAUGUGACAGUUAACUGUAUUUCAGACCCUUUUAUGUGAGGAAAGUAGUUAAAAAAAAAAAUGUGCUUCUUCCUCUGAUGGUUUUACGGUUGGAUCACAGGUAAACUAUUUGUGUGUGUAUGAGUGCAAGAAGGAAGGGUCUGAUUCAUUUAAAAAUCUUAAGGCCAGGAAUGCAAGCAAGUUACAUGCCAUCAUUUACUGGAUUUCAGAUGUCUGGCAUACUUUUUAAAAGUUUCGUCUGUUUACAGGUAGUUAUGCUGCAGUUGGCAAUGCAGUAACUUCUCUUUCCUGACCUUUUGUAAUGCAUGCAAUAGUGCCUCCCUGUUUCUGAUGACCAGGGCCAAAGUUAAUAGAGAUACAUGUGUGCAUCUGGUUUGGAGUGUGUGGACCAUCACGAGAUUUGAUAUAACUUGCAUUCAGCAUGUUUGCUUUCCCAUUGGAAUGAAUGGGAUGACUGAAAUUUCAUUGGAAGUGAUAAAAGGACAGCAUGUCAAGGGUUUUUUUUUUUUGUGUUGGUCUUGGUAGCCUGUUGAUUGUAGGAAGGAAUUCAUUGGGUCUAUAAUUUAAAAAAAAAUGGUGUGAGUGAACUGCUUUCAGGAUAGCUGUGUUCUUAAGCAGUUUUUAGUUAGAAGGUACACCAGGGCAUACAGAAAUUGGGACAGAAAAUCUAGCCUAUCAGUGCGAGAUUAACACUGCUGUUUAGACUUCAUUUUCCCUUAAAUUUGUGGGAGAAUAAUGGUAAUGUAUGUAAAUAGAACUAAAGGCAAACUGGUCUCGGAGUUUUCCUUCGAUCCUGCCAAAAUGUAUAUUGCUUAUAAAUAACUGUACAUAGAUUAUACCCUACCCCUACCCUUCCUACCCCAUCCAGCUGAUGCUGAAGGAAUGUACCACAAACUUCUAAUUCAUCUUCAUUUGAGAAUGGGCAACAAUUGUUUUGCUGCAGAACAUUUCAUCGUUUAAUGAUAAUGCCUUGGCAAGACAUGGGUUAUCCCCUUGAAGUUUGUUGCAUGUGCUUAGCUUGAAAGCAAAUAUAAAGAUACGAUUGUGGAAACUUUCUUACGUCAAAUGUGAAUUCAGUUUGCGUGAAAUAAUUAUGGAUUUGUUUCAUUUCCAACAUGGAAAACUGAGGAACAUGACAUCGCAAUUUGGUUUGAACCAAUGGCUCAUCGAUAAACAAUGAUUAUUCAGCCAGCAGUUCUUCAUAAAAGCAAAGUACAGGAGCCAGGAUGAUGUGCAUGGAUGUGUUGUGGCAGGGUGGAGGAUAUGCAUAUGUCAUCGCUAUAAUCUUGGUUACUUCAUAUCAAGCAGGAAGUGGUUUGGGGUACAUUUCUGCUUGUUGCAAUUUUGAUGAUAAGAUUGUAUUUUUGUAUGAAAGAAUUAGAGAGUGCUGCUCGUUUGCUGCAAAGCUGGGCUGUGCACUUUAAAUGUACUCAUCUGUGUCACUACUGCAUGGCACUUAAUAUGGCAGCAAGAUGCAAGAGUGAGUGUGCAACAUAAACUGUUUCUAUGUCGAAGUGAUGGUUUGUGCACACAGCAGCUCAAACAUUGAACUGCUCAUGAUCAUAAACAUUCAUCAGAGACUUCAUUUAGACUGAGUUGUGACUGUGUGCAACAGCAUUUAUGUCCACGUUUUGUCCUGCUCAUACAGAAGAGGUGUGUAUUAGCUCUGUAUGAAACACUAGAUGUUUGAACAAACACUGGACAUGCAGGCUUUAUCAUGUGGCUGUGCAUUUGAAGAUGGGACAUAGAUGCAAGGAAUUCUGCAUGUGGACUUGCACUGUAAUCUUAUCAACGUUUUGAAUUGAAGUUCAUGCUAUAACUGGUAUUUUAAGUUGGAAUAUUUUCAUUAAGUUGCGGAAUUUCAGCUUAAAAGAAUAUAGUAUUGGAUACUUUUUUCCCAGAGCCACAGUACUUUUGUCAUUUUAAUCAUUUGUGUUAAGAAGUCUAUUUCACCUGUGACCUCUAUGUCCUGGGCACAGUGUGUCACUAGCUUAUGUCUGGCAGUGGACAUACGUAUUUUAGCUAACUGCUGUGGCAUACAGUGCCCUUGGCGUUGCUUGACAGAACUAUUUUUCUAAAUCCUAGGUUUUAGAGGAUUAGGGCUUUCCACUAACUUUAUCACAGAUAUCACAUUUGUGCUGAAACUGCAUCCAGUUCAGAAAGUAUGAAUUGAGACAAAAACUAGAAAAGCGGGACCUAAUCACAAUCUUAUAUUCUUGUCAUUUAUUGGACCUUAGGCAAGGCAUGGUUGUUUAAGUACAUAUUUGCAUAUGCAUCUACUGAUAUGACUUGUGAAAAUGCUUAAAGGCAUCUUUGAUUUUUGUAGGAAAGUUUAUUGACCAUGUGCUAAGACAGUUUAUCUUUGGCAACUAGAUCUAAAUAAGAGCUUCUGUGAAGUAUGGAUAAAGACAGAGAUUCUGUGCACAUACCAUUUUAACCAUGAACCAAUGGAUUUUACUAGAAAUUAUUGUUUUUGUUGCAUCAGUAGUAGAGAUCAAAGGCUGCAGCUAGUGUGACAAACUGAACCAAGUCAGAAGCCUAUGUUUGUAGCGCAUGGUCAAUAGAUGUUCUUUCUAUUAGAGGUAAAGUCACAUAUCCCAAAGUUCAUAUUUCAGAGCUGCCUGGAAUUGUGAAGGUGUUGAAUGGCAACUUUUAGGUUUUUAAGCUUUUCUUUAUGUAGUUCUACAUCGUGCAUAUUUGCUUUAAUCUUUACCUUUCCCAGCUCUUUUGCCAACAACUUUUACACUUGCCCAAUCAUUUUCUGUAGUAGGAGGAAUAAGACUAAAAAAGUUUACUAAAAUUACUAGAUAGAUGAAGUGUAUAUGCCUUUUUAUGUUGCUUAUGCAUUAUUGCUAGAUAUUCCUUAUUAGCCCACUUUUAGGUUUUGUCAUUUAGCAAAUAGUGUAGGCUUCUUGAGGGAGAAGUAUCAGUUACAAAAGACCCUUAGAAAAUUAAAAAGGCAAAUCACUGUUUACACUGGGUGCAAUUUUGGGGGGAAAGGUUUUAAGUAGUUCAGUGAGAUACUGGUUUGAAGUAUAUACUGGCUGUUGAGAGGAGCUGAGUAUGUGAGCAGCCGAGAUUGUGCAGAAGAGUCAGUAGUAAGUCAGAGAAUACUUUUGAUGACUAAUGUAUGGGGACAUAAGUGCUUUGAAGAUUCUUUAGGCUACUUUAUAACAAAGAUGACUCUUAAUUAAUGUAGCAUGUGUACUUAAAAAUUAUUAUCUGCUUGAUGCUGUCAGAUUAAUCCUUUGCAGACAAGUUGGCAUCAUUGACAGUUUCAUUUCUGUGGAAAAGGGAAAAGGCCACCAUUGAAGAAACUUUAAAAACUGUUAAUGCCUACUUUUAUGUGCUGGAUUUCUGGAAAUAAUUCUCAUAAUUACAAAAGUGAAAAAGGCAUCGAGAACAUGGGGAAACUACAGUGUGCUGUUACUAUUUUUUGUUCAGUAGCAACAGUUUCUGACCUCAUCAUAAUGAUACUUCAGGAUGGCAUUAGAGUAUCACAAGACAGAGAAGAAAAAAAGGAUGCGGGCAGUAGAGAGCUGUUGCUCCUGUUCUGUCUGGAUAUGAUUGGAUAACCUUACCAUAAUAAUCUAACAACUACCCUGCACCAGCUUAAACUUGAUUGCAAAUGGGCGCUAAUGAUCUAGAGUAGGGAAAACUUAAACAACAUGGCAUCAGUGUUUAGAUAUUUAAAUCAUUGAUGGAUUUUAAUAGAACAUUAAAAUGAUGGCACAUUAAUUUUAAGUGUGGGAAGUUGCAAAAGAAAUUGGUUAUGUUAACUUUAAAUUUGGUCCUACUCAAUAUGGUGUCUAAAAACACAAUCACUGGAAGCAGCUAGAAUUUUAAAAAUCUAUAAAACUAGGUGCAUUGUGAAUAGUAGUGGAAACUCUUUGCUAGAUGUAGAUUGGAGAAUUAGUGAUGUUUAUGCUUUUUCAUUUUUGUUUUUGUUAAAAUCACAUCCCCCCCAAAAAAGUCUGAAAUUUAGGGAAAUCAUAGAUGAAACAGUUCUGGAUUGGUUAGUCUGCAUACUUUUGCCCCCUCCUUACUGGUCUCAUCUCCUAGUUGGGGGGAAAAAAGUGUUGUUUCAAGGCACAUUUUACAUGAUUGUGCAGUCCAGAGUUAAAAACAAAGUUAGGAAUUGGAUGCAUGGAUAUUGAUAUUUAUUUUGACCUUACACAAAAGGUUGUGUUUUGCAUAUAAUUUUGUCAGUGGAUGUUUUAACUAGUGGGUGUCAUCUGAGAAUUGUGGUUAUUGACAUUGAAUGAGGCACACAUUCUGUGUAUAUGCUUUGUGUGUAAUUUUGAGCUAAGAGAAAAAGGGAAAUGCCAGUGCUUGUGCAGAAGAGCUCGUGAGUGAUUGGUUUGAGCAAGUAAAAUCCUUGCAGGACAUAAAAUACUUGGAACAGCUGUAAUGUUGUGACUUCUCUUUGGUCACAAUCCAUGAUUGGGUUAUAAGUGCUUGCAUCUUUCUAUACAUAAGUGCCCAUAUAUGUCAGAGGAUUGUUAUUGUAUGCAAACGUCAUGUGAAAUCUUAGAUAGCAACAGCUAGGUAGUUUCUGUUAACAUCUAGAGAUUCAUCUGACAAUAUCACUUGUGUAUACAUUUCACAUUAACACAUUAUUUUCGAGUGUGUGCGUGCGUACAUGUUAGUGUGUGUGUGUGCAUAUUGGCCAUCUAAGCAUGACUUGCUUAUGUGUGUUGGUAGACAUGCUAAUAUGCACCAACAUGAUUUGUUAAUGGUCUGCAUGAGAUUAUUUGAUGUAUGUUAGGGCUACAAAAUAAUAUCAAGCAGUUGAAGCUGGAGAAAAGUGAUUUAUUGCAGAUAAAUUGCAGUUUUCACAUUCUGAGGCAGCCAGUCAUUCUAGUCUUUCAGUCAUGAGAGAAUGAGCCAGUCAGUACACAUUGCAAACAUUGCUUGAAUGAGCAGAAAAUGGUAAACAUUUGUGUAGAUAAGCUCAUGGUGGUGAGAAUCUGGGGCAUAAACAUUCCUCCACUCCACUGACCCUGAUGUCUUUUGGGCUUAAUUCUUCUUACUGCUUUGUUGUCACUUGUUUAAAAACAUGAAAAAGACUUGGUGCUACAAUUUUAAAAAUGACUGAAUGGUUUUGCAUGUGAAUUAUUUGUAUUUCUUAAGAAUGUAGUGUAAUCUGAAAGCAGUCUGUUGAAAAUUUGGCAUGUCAAAAACAAGACUGCAUCAGCAUGUUUGCACACUUUGAUGAAGAUGCAUUUUUUUUUUUUUAAUAACUGUAUGUGACAGAGUGUCUUAAAAAGUGUGAACUCAACAUAUGAUAGGAUGCACUGGUUGAAGUAGAACGUUUGGUGAGUGUUUAUAGGUGUGAUUUGAUCUCAUUUCCUUAUUGCAGUUUUGCUUGCAAGGGUGUAGUCUGGUGUGUGCUAAGAUCUCCACAUCUGAGAGGCAUGAUAGUUGUGUCUGGGGUAAAGUCCAAGCAGUAUUUUGUAUUUCAAUUAUUAAUCUGACCUGCUUGGGAAAAGUAUGUGGUGGAAUUUUGUUUUUUUUUUUGGAUGAUAUGAAGGGAAGAUGUCAACUGUACCCAGUUUCCACAUAUGUACAGCUGGGGUGUGAACAAAAUGAUUCUAGUAUGUGUAUUUGUUAGGUAACAUUUUAUAUUUUUUUUUUUUCGCACAUUGUGUCCCAUUAUUGGGUCUCUGUAGGACAGUAAGCUUGCAUUUGACCUACUGACCUUUCCACAUUGAAGUGGGAGGGGGAAUGGGCAGUACAUGUUAGAGGAAAAAAGGAAAGAAGGAAGUGGGUGGGGGAGUUGGGUCUAAAGUGAACAAUUUUUUUUGUUAACUUCUGAUGAAUCAUUCCACCGUUUCUAAAAACAUUUGUGGAAAAGGCCCUUGCUUCUUCAGCUCAUUAAUGCGUUUUGUAGCACCAGAAUCAAUACCAUUAUUGCAGGUUAAAUGGCUUCAUGAAAAUAUAACAUAGACCUCUGGCUAGACAUUGGUAUGUGGUUUGACCGUUGCUGCUUUUUGAACUCCAAAGAGUAUAUGCAGCGAAAUGGUGAAUAGCAGCAGUGUGAAUUUGAUUAUAGAGGGGAAUGAUGUCUUGACAGUCACUAAAGGGUUUUGUUAUAAAAAUAGGUCUAUGGAUUCUUUUGAAGCACAAGGCUUAAAAUGCCUUACAAAUUUGCAGUUGGCUAUGCUUCAUACUAUUUAACAUGAAAACAUUCACAACCUAACAUUUAUUUAUUGGCCUUAUGCUGGAUUGUUUCAUCUUAAGCUUCUGAUUUAACAGCAUGACGAAGCACCUACAACAAUUAGACUGUGAUUUCUUAAUUUGUCACAUUGUUAAGUGGACUAGUGUAUUUCUUAAUGCAUGAAAACAUGCAUUAGAGAUGAAAUUUCAUUUUUCGUUAAAUGUGUGAUCAACCACUCCUUUUGUUUCCUUAUAGAGAUGAAAUUUCUGAACUGAUCAUAGAUGAUCUGGUUGCUUUUUUCAAAAUUGCUAUGAUUGCCUUUAUUAAAAAUUGUUUUAAAUCAUAGGAGAAACAAGCACAACUACAAUUCCACAAAAGAGCUAUCAUUCUAUCUUGGCAAGUUUUAAAUAAUUUGCAGGAAGGUGUUGAAACCUCGUUGAUUGUGUGGCAUAGAAACCUGAAUUGUUUUUUUUUUCCCCCACAUUUUGAAGUUCUAGAAAUAAAGCUUGGCAGAUGAGGCAUCAAAGGUAGAAUACUGACAAUUUGUGGCUGCUCUGUAGAAGUAUGGCAACAGAGAGUCAAGCUGAAAAUGUUCAUGUUCUUGAAAACUUCAUGCUCAAUCUUGUAAACACAAUUUUUUUGGCGGGAGAUGUCAGCAUUAUAAAACUUUAUUUUAAAGGUUAAAACAGGCUUUAGCAUAUUUUUUGGGGAAAAAAUAACAAACUUGAUAUAAACCACAAAUGUUCAGUUGUUUUCUUCCCCCUUCUGCCAGUUUGUUUUUAAUGAGAAAAUUUACUUCAAUGUGUUGAAGGCCUUAAUAGUAAGCGUGACAAAAUUUAGACUUGACUUUUUAUGGAGCUGUCUAAAAAAUGAAAUCCAACACAAUGGGGGUUUCUGUUAAAUCAGAACUUACUGAUUGCAUCAUUGCAGUUCCUUCAACUCAAAAAAUACUUUCAUGCAGACUUACAUAUGAUUUGCUUUGGUGGUUUUGUUUUUCCUGCUGAAGCUCAUCCUUAAUCAUCACUUCAGCAGUUUUUUAAGACUUGCUGUCCAGGCCAUAAAAUCUAACAAAGAAUUUUUUUUCUGCCUAAUGACGGAGUCUCAUCACACCUUCAUUAUAAGCCUAAACCUUUUCAUUGCUGUAGUUUCCCAUUCCUUUUUACAUCUGUUUCCGCCCUCACCAAAACCCAUACAUUUACAGAGCUGGCUGCCUUUGGUGAUAUAGCCUUAGUUGCUGGCUCUGAGUAAAACACCAUCUCCCCCACCUCCCAAAAUCAUACCUGAAUCAACAGAAACUUUUUCCUCCCUUUUUUUUUUUUUUAAAUUUCUGAAAUCCUGUCUGCCCUAGAAAACUUGUUCUUGGGCAGGCUGCCCAUUGCAACUAAUUUUGUGUUAUUUUCGUUGUGACUUCCUUUACAAAUCUAAAGUCACUAAAUUUUCGUUCCCUUGGUGCAAAUUCCAUGGCUUACGUAGCACAAGGGAAGGGUACAAAAGCCCUCUGAACUACGUUUAGUGGGCAUGUUCUGCAGUAGAUGGAAAUAGUUUGGUGCCUAAAGCAUCUGGACAAUAGGCUGACGAGCUAGUCGGCAAGCAAGUGUAUGAGCAUAUCCUGUUGUUAAGGAUCAGUUCCUUUCAUGAAACAUGAAAAGACUACAGUAUUAGCCUUUGUUCUGCUUAAAUAAUUGACAGCCUUUUGUGGUGGUGAAGGGAUAGCUUUGGUUCUAUGGGGGUAGGGAAUAUCAUUUUAUAGAGGUUCAUACUUAAUAAACAUGUGAAAUCAAGUUUAAAGGCAUUACAAUUUUAAACAGUCCAUCUGCAUGCCCAUUUACAAAAAUGGGGUGUAAGCAUGUACUGUAGACUAAUAUAUCUAAAGUGUGAAAGUCUUUCAAAAAAUAAACAGCUUGAGGUUGUAUAAAACUUUGCAGUAGAUUUUGUCUAAAAAAUAUUUAAUAUACGUUUAACAAGUGAUGAAAAAUAUUCACAACCAAGGCUGCCUAUUCUUUAUAGCAAGCAGUUUGGCAUACUUUGCUAUCUAGUUAAUAUAAGCUUACCACUUGGCUUGAAUAAAGCCAGAUGUUCGCAAGUUUCAAAUUUGAUAAACGCAGGAUGCUUGCUGAGUUAAUGGCCAUUGUCUUGCAUCCUUGAUUUGCAUUACAUGCGCUACCAACUUAAAAAAUCUGCCAUGAGCUGGCCAGGGAUUUGGCAGUUGUUUUACACAAAUUCAAAACCAAUGCCCAGAGAACAUGGGCUUUGUGAGCAGGCAAGCAGUGGUAACUGGUGGAAUUUCUUGCACACAUUAUGUGAAGAGCAAACAAUAAAUUUGUAGAGGUCUUUGCCAGCAGAUUGGAUUUAAAAGAAAUGUGUUAGCAACAAACUAUUGUUACUGGCAGUUUGUAGAAAAGCAUUAGUGCAAGAUAAUGAGAAAUUUUAAAUGCAUUUUGGCAGACUGAUAUGCUAUAUGCAGUAAUAUAUCUUGUAAAGCCACAAGCUUUGGUAUGUAGGAUAAGAACUGUAAAACUUUUUUCUUGGAUCAAUUUUCUUUUUGAAAUAAGAGCCUUAUUGUUUUCUAAAGGUUCAUCAAUGGUCUGCAUCAAAAUUGGUUAAAAAAUAUGAUGGAAGUGGUUAUACCAUACCUAAAGUAUUUCAACAUUGCUGUUUCUUUCAUGUGGCAUAACACUCUGCCUAAGAAGCUGCUUAACAAUGUAACAUCUGUUGAAUUGUGAUUCCCUGAAUUAAAAUGGCCAGCUCAAGA